UCUGGUGUGUGCGUGAGACUCUCGCAACGUGUUUUUGGGCGCACGGAGAGUUUAUUUGCUAUAGCCAUCCUACAUUUGGACUCCUGCGAUUUAAAUCUGAUGAGACUUUGAACGAUAGAUGAAAGGUUUUGGGUUGUUCCUGGGAUCUACUGGAGCCAUUCUCCCAGUUUGGGGGUCACAGCCUCCAGUGCUCUGGUUACCACGGGAACCACUGUUGGCUUCACCUUCCACAUUUCCAGCUCUUCAGGCAGAGGGCUGGAAAUUCAAACCGCCCUGGAUGUUAGUUUAUCAAUGUCAUCGAGACAUCGUGGGGCACUUCGUCUUGGUUUUGGUCUUUGCCCACGGCCGGCACUCCAGCUCGCUUAGUAUUCCAAGACGGAUUCUCCAGUCGAAGUCCUGCACCUGAUAUUUUCCAAUGCUGAUGGGGAACUGCCUGCUUCUGUUGCUCUGGUGCCUCCUGGACAAGAGCUUUAUUUCACCCACGCACUCCUCCUCAUUUCAAAGCAGGCUGGGAAAAGAGCACCACAGGGGAUUGUGGGACCACAGGAGACAUGGCGUGGCUGGGCUUCAGAGAGUCAAGCGAGGCUGGGUGUGGAACCAGUUCUUUGUUCUGGAAGAAUAUAUGGGAUCUGAGCCACAGUAUGUUGGAAAGCUACACAGUGACCUGGAUAAAGGGGAUAACUUGGUAAAGUACACACUGUCUGGAGAGGGAGUCGGCGCCAUUUUCACUGUAGAGCCUACCACGGGGGACAUUCAUGCCGUGCAGAGCCUGGACCGCGAAGUGAAGCCUUAUUACACGCUACGGGCCCAGGCUGUGGACGUGCUAACUGGCAGACCCCUGGAGCCAGAGUCCCAGUUUAUUAUCAAAGUCCAGGACAUCAACGACAAUGAGCCCAGAUUUCUGGAGGGUCCUUACUCAGCCAGUGUUCCAGAGAUGUCUCCUAUAGGCACAUACGUGAUGCAGGUCACAGCCACGGAUGCAGACGAUCCAACUUAUGGCAACAGCGCUCGGGUAGUGUACAGCAUCCUCCAUGGCCAGCCCUACUUUUCAGUGGACCCCAAGACUGGGGUGAUAAGGAUCGCCCUACCCAACAUGGACCGGGAGGUUAAAGAGUCGUACCAGGUUUUGAUCCAGGCCAAGGAUAUGGGGGGUCAGCUGGGGGGCUUGGCCGGGACCACCACCAUCAACAUCACCCUGACUGACGUCAAUGACAACCCGCCAAGAUUUGCUAAAAGCAUCUUUCACCUGCAAGUUCCGGAGUCGGCGCACGUCGCUUCCUCGAUAGGGAGGGUUAAGGCUCACGAUCUGGACUUGGGGAAAAACGCAGAGGUGGAGUACAGCAUCAUCCCGGGCGACGGCAGCUCCACUUUUGACAUCUACACUGACGAGCACACACAGGAGGGCGUAGUGCUGCUGAAGAAGCCGCUGGACUACGAGAGCAGGAAAGUGUACAGCUUCAAGGUGGAGGCGUCCAACGCUCAGCCGAAUGCAGCCUUCCUGCACCCGGGUGCGUUCAAGGACUCGGCCACGUUGAGGGUCAGCGUGCUGGACGUGGAGGAACCGCCGGCCUUCAGCCAGGGCUCCUACGGCAUGGAAGCGUAUGAGGACUCGCCGGUGGGCAGCAUCAUUGGGGCGGUCACCGCAGAGGACCUGGAUGCAGGAGACAGUCCCAUCAGAUAUUCCAUUGAGUGGAGGAACAGCUCGGAAAAUUACUUUGACGUUGACCCCACCGAGGGCACCAUAUCCACCCGUGAGGCCCUGGACAGAGAAAAGACAGCAAGACAUAACGUUACUGUGGUCGCGACUAAAGUUAACAACCCUCUCCUGUUCAGUCGUGUUAGCGUCGCAGUCGACGUGCUGGAUGUCAAUGAGUUCCCUCCGGAACUUUCCUUUCCUUAUGAGAUGUUUGUUUGUGAAGAUGCAAAAGUAGGCCAGGUGAUCCGGGUGCUUGGUGCUACGGACCGAGACAUGCCUCACACGGGGCACCGAUUCUUCUUCAAAUCUCCCAAAGACAUCAGGAACAGGAACUUCACCAUCAGAGACUACGGAAACAACACAGCAGGGGUUGUGACCCGGCGGGCAGGCCUCCAGCGAAGCGAAACAAGCGUGCACCUGAUCCCCGUGGUGGUAGAGGACAGCGGCUACCCGGUCCUGAGCAGCACGGCAACGCUGAGCGUGCAAGUGUGCCCAUGCACCCGUGACAGUAGCAGCACUGCGGCCUGCGGAACCAGGGCUGCCUUCCUGCCAGCAGGGCUCAGCACCGGGGCGCUUGUGGCCGUACCGCUCUGCCUGCUUGUCCUGCUGGCGACUGCUGCGCUCCACGUGGCCCUAAAGUGCCACAAGAAAACGGGCACGCUGAUGUCAUCCGAAGAGGACGUGCGGGACAACGUGAUCCACUACGACGAUGAGGGCGGCGGCGAGGAGGACACCCGGGCCUUUGACAUCGGCACGCUGCGUCACACCAAGGCCGCCACAGACACGCCUCCGCGGGGGGAGACGGGGUCCAGGCCCCGCCCCCCGUCCCUGGCCGGCCCGCCACCCGCUGACAGCGCUGACCUCCGGGCGUACAUCCAGCAGCGGCUACAAGAGAGCCACAGCGCCACCGCGGCGCCGCCUUACGACUCCCUGGCUACAUACGCCUACGAGGGCGAAGGCUCGGCAGCGGGUUCCCUGAGCUCCAUUGAGUCUCACAUGCAGGAGCCCGAACAGGACUACAGCCGCAUGGCACUCUGGGGGCCACACUUUAAGACCCUGGCCAGGAUCUUUAGCGGGCCUGAGCCUCAGGCCACAGAUCCACACACGGGAAAUAAACCCGUUCGCCCACAGACCGAGGGUUCAGAGGAGGGACACGCCUGAUGUGAUUAGAUAUUUGGCGAAUCUCUGCGAAAUGCCAGGACGUUAUUGAUUUCAGGCAUAACAUUCAAACUGAGACUUUUAUGGCAGA